AUGAAGAAGAUUUUUAGGUUCCGCAGCAGCAGAGAGCUGUCCCCUUCUCGCGCCUCUUUCCCCCCACGGAGGGACAGCGGGGUCCGACCCUUCGGCCCUAAUGCCGGAUACCUCAUCAGGGUCAAGGACCUCGGAAAAAUCCACAAAGCUGCCUCCAUCGGGGAUGUGGCGAAGGUGCAGCAGCUGCUGAUGCUCGGAAAGUGCGGCGUGAACGAUGUAGACAAAGAAAAUCGGACAUCUCUACACCUGGCCUGUGCUAAUGGAUUUCCAGAUGUUGUAUCUCUCUUAGUAGAGAGAAAAUGUGAACUAAAUCUGUGUGACAAUGACUGUCAAACACCUUUAAUUAAGGCGGUACAGUGUCAGCAGGAGGAGUGUGCAACUAUCCUGCUUGAACAUGGUGCAGACCCUAGUCUUAUGGAUACCAACCACAACACUGCACUCCACUAUGCUGCCUCUGGACAGAACAUAACCAUAGCAGCAAAUUUACUUAGACAUAAAGUAGAUAUGGAAGCAAAAAACAAGGAAGGCUAUACACCGCUUUUGUUUGCAAUUAAAGAGAGUAACCAAGAUAUGGUAGAGUUUUUCUUAAAGAAUGGAGCAAAUGUGAAUACUUCGGAUAGGCUCAAAAGAACAGCUCUGAUGCUUGCUGUCAGUGGUAAAUCAACAGACAUAAUUCGUCUCCUUCUUCAAUAUAAUAUUGAUCUCUCUUGCCAAGAUAUACUUGGAUGGACAGCUGAGGAAUAUGCUAUUUACAAUGCUCUUUCCCUUCAUCAUCAACUAAUUAACCAGUAUGGAACACAGAAGACAUUUAAUCAGCCCAUUUCACCCCAAAUCAGCGGUUUAGAGAGGGUUUCUGAUCCAGAAUUUACUUUGGGUGGACCUGCCAAGGACCAAAAAGAUAUAGAAAUACAGGAAUCUCCAGCGCAAACAUCAGGAACAAGAAUUUCAGGGAAAGUGGAAGAAACGUCCCCAGAAGAAUCUCUAAGCAGACUCUCUAACAAACCUGGAGCUGAUGAUUCCUGGCCAAUCACAGAUGAAGAAGAAUUAGAUUUUAGUAUUAAGACAAUUCAUGUGAACUAUCAGAAAGACGAAGGAAUAGAAAGCAGCCAAGAGGAAGAACGAUUAGGAGAUUAUGAAGAUGAAUUGGCAGAAGAGGAAGAAAAUGAGGAAGAGGAGGAGGAAUUCAGUCAUACAUCCGAUGCUUUAGAAGGAUGGAAGGAUGAAGAUACACAGGAUGAAGAAGAAAGUCAAGAUGAAGAAGAUUUUGAAAAUAUGAAGGAAAAAGAGGGUUUGAAUAUCUCUGAAGAAUCAACAGAAUCAGAGGAGGAAGAAAAGGAAGAUGGUAUGUUAAUUGACAGUGGUACUAGAGACAAGCACCUCCUGAAACUCUAUAUCUUCCCAGUGAAUUUCAGGCUACGCUACAUCAGAGAAGUAUGCUGUUACAAAAGAUACGAUGCCAGCAUUAGGAUCAGAAGAGAAAGAAGAUGCAGAAUCUUCGUGGGAUUCAGAGAUGCAUCUGAUUGGGAUUCUACUAGUACUUCUGCAAAAAAUGAGAGUCACAGAAGUUCCAAGGAUUUGAAUUUUCAUGGAGAUUAUCCUUGCCAGUCAUUGCCUGUGACUAAAGAUCAGUCAGGAUCCACAGAUUUUGGAAGAAUUCCUUCAAAGGAAGAUGCAGCAGCUGGAGCUGGAAGUGGCCCUGAGACUGGGUUUAGGGUUGUGAUUCUAGGAGAAAAACCAGCCCCUGAGAAGGAGUGUGAACCACAGCUCUCUCUAAAAAAAGAGGAAGGUAAAGAAGGUUUAUUAAACUUCGACACAACAGCCAUUGUUCUUUUUGAACUUUUUGUAAAGGAAAAUACAGAACAAAUGUUUAAUAGUAGCAAACAGGAUUAUGCAUCUGAUUGGGAUUCUACCAGUACUUCUGCAAAAAAUGAGAGUCACAGAAGUUCCAAGCAUUUGAAUUUUCAUGGAGAUUAUUCUUGCCAGUCAUUGCCUGUGACUGAAGAUCAGUCAGGAUCCACAGAUUUUGAAAGGAUUCCUUCAAAGGAAGAUGCAGCAGCUGGAGCUGGAAGUGGCCCUGAGAAUGGGUUUAGGGUUGUGAUUCUAGAAGAAAAACCAGCCCCCCAGAAGCAGUGUGAACUACAGCUCUCUCUAAAAAGAGAGGAAGGUAAAGAAGGUACUGAAGAAGCAGAUGCAUCUCAUUGGGAUUCUACCAGUACUUCUGUGAAAAAUGAGAGUCACAGAAGUUCCAAGCAUUUGAAUUUUCAUGGAGAUUAUCCUUGCCAAUCACUGCUAGUGACCAAAGACCAGUCAGGAUCCACAGAUUUUGGAAGGAGUCCUUCAAAGGAAACUGAAGCAGCUGGAGCUGGAAGUGGCCCUGAGACUGGGUUUAGGGUUGUGAUUCUAGGAGAAAAACCAGCCCCGGAGGAGCAGUGUGAACUACAGCUCUCUCUAAAAAGAGAGGAAGGUAAAGAAGGUACUGAAGAAGCAGGAUCAUCAGAGGAAAGCCAAGAAAGUUUUGAUAAAAGUGACCUGGAACAGGACAAAGUUCAGAUGGAUGCAGAUGAUGUUGAUGACCUCACUCAGUUAUCUGACACAGCUAUAGAGGAUUAUGAUUUACCUCCUUUAAACUGUAAGAAUAUUUUGUUGUUGAUUGAACAACUUAGUGUUCAUUGUAAAGAUCCUAUUAGCCUUUUGAAAAUUGAGGAUGCAGUUCUUAGAUAUGAUCGAUCAAUAGAACUUAAGAAAGGACAUUGUACACUACUCACCAGAAAAGUUAAGAGUUUACAAAACAAGAUUACUGGACUGCAGGAAAAAUUAUCAGAAACAAGAGAAAUGAAAUUUCAGUUGGAGCUUCAAAAAGUAGAAUGGGACAUAGAAUUCCAUAGCCUCAGGUUUACACUGAAGCAAGAGGAAGAAAAGCGAGUGACUGCAGAAAUGCUAUUUCAAAAAAUUAGAGAACAGUUAAGAAGAAAAGAAGAACAAUGUAGUAAAGAAGUGGACCUAAAACAGCAACUUGAAUUCACCCUCAGAACUCUGGACCUUGAACUGAGAACAGCAAAAAAUAAUUUGAAACAGGUUGAAGAAGAACGAAAUGACACUCAAAGACAACUUUCCCAGGAGCUGAGUGCCAGAGCUUUGCAAGCCAGAAUUUGGAAGCAGAAUGAAAUAGAAGUAACUGCUUCCAAAAUGAUUCAGACUUCUGAGGUUUCUGAUAGCAAUGAAAAAGAAAAAUAUCUGCUGAAUAAAAAUCAAACCCUACAGAAUGAAGUUGCCAUGCUCAAACUGGAACUAGACACAGUAAAAAUUAAGGAUCAGGAAAAAGAAAAUCAAUAUACAGAAGAAAAUGAAGUUUUAAAAGAAAAGUUUGAUGAGCUUCAAAAGGAAUUAAAACUGAAUGAAGAAGCAUUAACAAAAACAAUAUUCCAAUAUAAUGGACAAGUAAAUGUUCUAACAACUGAGAAUGCAGUGUUGAACUCUAAAUUGGAGAAUGAAAAACAAAACAGAGACAGACUAGAGACAGAAAUUGAAUCAUACCGUUCCCAUCUGACAUCUGCUAUUCGUGAUCAUGAACGAAGUCAGACAUCAAAACUAGACCUUGAACAAACCUUUCAGCGAGAACAAGAUGAGUGGCUUCGUUUACAGGACAAACUAAAUCAUGAAUUUUCCAGUCUAAGAGAGAGCAAUAGUGUCCUUUCUCAAGAACUCUCUAAAGCUGAAAGUAAAGCCAAUAGUUUAGAAAAUGAGCUAUACCAUGUACGUGAUUCCCUCAGAGAAAAGACACUAAUUUUAGAAAGCACACGGAGAGAAUUGAACCAGGCUCAGUCUGAAGCAAAAGAACUUGAACACACAAAUCAAGUGGAGAAGGAAAAACUGAACGAAUAUAUCAUCAAACAAGAAUCUAGCGAAGAAAGAGUUGCUCAAAUCCAGAGUGAAAAUAUGUUGCUUCGACAACAACUGGAAGGUGCCCAAAGCAAAGGCAUCAUUAAAGAAAAGGUACUGAGUGACACUCAGGUACAAUUUAUUGAUCUCUUCAACAAAGUUCGUGCUGAUACUGAAAAACAAGCUCUUAUGGUAAAAGAAAGAAAUAAAGAGUUAAUCAGUGAAUGUAACCACUUAAGGGAGCAAAUGUGUAAAUAUGAAAAUGAGAAAGCAGAAGGAGAGGCUACAGUAAGAAAGCUUCAAGAACUUGCUGUUUCCUUAAAAAAACAAUCCAUGACAGAAGCUUCAGUAGAGAUUACAUCACUUUAUCGAAAUGAUUUAGAAGAUAAGAAAAAACUGCAGGAGGAAAUAGAUCAAACGAAAAGUAAACUUAAUACUGAAAGGGAAAAAUUAAAGAAACUCAUCGAGUUAAAGCAAUUUCUGGAAAAUCAUCUAGAACAAGAAAGGACCAGGAAUGAUGAAUUACAGAAAGACCUCAAUGGAUUUAAAAAACUGUUGAAAAUAACAAAAAAGAAAUUAAGAGAAUAUGAAAAAGGAGAUGUUGUUUACCAGGGGAGAGUGAAGCAAACACAUUCUGAAAUGGAUAGACAAAUUAAUAGGUUAAAAAAUGAGAUUGAAGACCUUACACAACAAUUGGAAGCAGCAUCGUCAAAUUGUAAACAGUUGGAAUCAAUUAAUCAAAGUCUUCGAGAAAAGUUAUUUUCUGUCAAAAUUUUGCAAAAGAAAUGUGACAAAUUGGAAAGGAAUAAAAGACAGUUGGAAGAAGAAGUGGUUAAUCUUAAGCAUAAUUUGGAAAUCACUAAGCUGGAACGCAGUCAAAUAGAACAAUAUAAAUGUGAGAUUGAUGAACGAGCAAGGCAGGAGAUUGUUGAAAAGCUAAAAGAAGUCAACUUAUUCUUACAGACGCAAGCAGCAGCCCGAGACAACUUAGAACAAUUAAGAGAAAAUAGCAAUGCUUCAAUAAGAAACCUAAUGGAGCAACAAAUUAGAGAUCUGGAAUUUGAACUCUACAGAAUGAAAAAGUCACAUCAAGACUCUGCAGAGGCAGAGCUAGAGAGAUACAGACAGCUUUAUUCUGAAGAAUUAAAAGUCAGAAAAUCAUUGUCAGAUAAAUUAGACAGUACUAAUGAGAGGCUAGCUGAAGUGAGUCACCAGCUCCUGAAUGAAAGAGAAAAGAAUAACAUUUUAAUCAACAGUUGUACUGCAAAUUCAAUUCUGGAGCCAGCGCAUAUUGGGAAUAUUAAUAUAAGUAUGCUCCUCAGUAGAAGUCUAAUUCCAAGAGGAAAUUUAGUAUAUUCUAUUGGAAACAGAGCAUCUUCAAGAAGCAGAGUGGAGGACUAUUUGACACAGAUGCGGCAGGAGUUGCAAGAAAGUAUAACUAGGGAACUUAAUGAAGAUAAACUUGAAUCUAGAACUUGAAGGACUUCUCCAAUAGGACUGACUAAUGAAUCCUCAAGAGUGCCAAAGCUGAGUCAGGAUCCAGCAAAAUACAUGCUUUAAAGGAGGAAAGAAUGUUCAUUUAUGAAAUGAACUAUGGUUUUCCAUUAAAUAUAUGAAUGUGAAAAAAGCAACAUGUUAGAAAAUAUGUUGUGUCGUGUUUUAAUACAUACUGUGAGUAUAUAUAUGUAUAUGUAAAUAUUUGUAUAGUUCUUUAUUAAAAACUUUAUUUCUUUAUAUUUGUAACACUGCCCCCCCAAAUAGUCAGUUGUUGCAGGUACUCUAGAAAACACUAAAUUGGCCGUAAUACUUUAUCUAUCUUUGAAGGUUGUAAUGUGUUUUCUAUUUGAUAAAAUAAUAAGAUAG